UACUUUGGCAGUCUCAAACAAUUAGACUUAUCCAUUCUCAUACUAGCUUUCUGCUGUUUGGCUUUGCAUUAACGAGCUUGCUUAUCGGCUAAUCUCAUGUUAGGGGAAUCUAAACCUUAUUCUAUUACGUUUAAGAGGAACGCUCUCUUGCCUGCAAAGUUGAGACUUUGAGAGAGAAUCUAUAGAGAGAAGAAACCUAGUAAACCAACAAAAAACAUAGGAAGAAAGGAACAAACUAACGAGCAUAAAACAGAGCACUCUGUUUCUGUUUCUUUCCCUUCUUCUCAAAUUUGGAGUCAUUUUCUGCAACUGGGUCACUUUGAUUUGGCUCAAGCUAUCUUUUUUACAUAUGGGUUUUGUCUCUUAUGAUAGCUAGUGGUGGAGAAAUACAAGGGAAUUCAGAUUGAAAGUUUCAAAACUAUGUCUUUUAAAAGCAAAGGAGAGCAGUCUACUACAAGUUUUAUAUCAAAGAAAUGGAGUUUUCUUCUUUGCUUUGGCUGCUUCUGUGCUGGAAUGCUCUUCACCAUUAGGAUGGGGACUGUUCCUGAAUCUAAAGGUAUCAUGCGGAUAACUGCAGUAGAGACUGAAAAAUUAAAACUAAUUUCAGAGGGUUGUAAUCUAAAAGCUAAAGAAGAAAAGCUUGUAUCCAAGGAUAUCAUUGGGGAGGUUUUUAAGACUCACCAUGCUAUACAGACAUUGGAUAAGACUAUUUCAAACUUAGAGAUGGAAUUAGCUGCUGCAAGGGCAGAACAAGAAUCCUUACUCAGUGGUUCCCCAUUAUCCACAGAUGUGAGUAGAGCUAAAUCAUCUAGGAAGAGAAAGUAUCUGAUGGUUAUAGGAAUCAAUACAGCUUUUAGCAGCAGGAAAAGAAGAGACUCAGUUCGUGCCACAUGGAUGCCACAAGGUGAAAAGAGGAAGAAAAUGGAGGAUGAAAAGGGCAUUAUCGUUCGCUUUGUUAUUGGUCAUAGUGCCACAACAGGUGGUAUUUUGGACCGAGCAAUUGAAGCAGAGAAUAAGAAGCAUAGAGACUUCUUGAGGCUGGACCAUGUUGAAGGGUACCUUGAAUUGUCUGCAAAAACUAAGAUAUAUUUUGCUACCGCUGUUGCUUUAUGGGAUGCAGAUUUUUAUGUCAAAGUUGACGACGAUGUCCAUGUAAAUAUAGCAACACUUGGAGAAACUCUAGUUAGACACCGAAAGAAACCACGUGUCUAUAUCGGGUGCAUGAAAUCUGGUCCGGUCCUCUCUCAAAAGGGGCUGAGAUACCAUGAACCUGAACACUGGAAAUUUGGCGAGACAGGAAACAAGUAUUUCCGGCAUGCUACUGGACAGUUGUAUGCCAUUUCAAAAGAUUUGGCCACAUAUAUAUCAAUAAACCAGCACGUUCUACACAAGUAUGCUAAUGAGGAUGUUUCACUGGGUUCUUGGUUUAUCGGACUCGAUGUGGUGCAUAUUGAUGAUCGGAGACUAUGUUGUGGCACGCCGCCUGAUUGUGAGUGGAAGGCUCAAGCUGGCAACAUCUGUGUUGCAUCCUUUGAUUGGAGUUGCAGUGGAAUUUGCAGGUCUGCAUAUAGGAUUAAAGAGGUUCAUCAGAAGUGUAGGGAAGGUGAGAAUGCUUUGUGGACUGCUACUUUCUAACAGGCAAAUGUGCAGAUGAUAACCUGGGGUGAUGACCAGACAUGAGCAAAUGCUGCAAAUCUGCAAAAUCUUCUUCUGUUGUUCAAUCAGUAUAGAAAAUAUCAUAUCACAGGAGAGAAAGAGAGUGAGAGAGCAUUGAAAUGGGGGCCUUCACAUUAUUUUUGUACAGGGCCAUUGUGGUUAUAGCAGCCCGAAAAGGAAGUGGCUGUGACCAACCACCCAUUCUGCGGUCAGGCUUGAGGGACCAUUUGUAAAUCAUCCAUUUCUGCAACCAUGAGAAAAACAUUCUCUUCCUUUGAUCUCCUUAAUCAUCCAUUCCUGAUAUCAUUUUAUUUUUAUUUGGAAUUAUUGAAUAGCACAAAAGUUGAGAAUGCUUUGUGAAUUGAUGUUACCCAAAGUUGUUUUGGACUACAAACUCAAUACCAAGAGAGGAAGAAUCCAAAAUUUUCAAAUCCAAUUAAGAUUUUGAUCAAAUUUUAUUUGGUUUAUAAUGCCAAUAUCAUGAGAAUUCAAAAAUAAGAUUUGCUUAUUUCAUCCAUUAUGCAUA